AUGGGGAAAGCUGACAAAUGUCAGGAUAAAGUGUUGUCAGCUCGUCACAGUGCCAGGAAGAGGAAGCAAGCUAACACCUCAACAGGAGAUGAAAAUACAGACUUGAAUGGCAAUAUUCCCGUAAAAAAUGUGAAGAGAACAACUAAACAACAACAGAGCUCAGGACUAGAUGGAAAUAAUGACACGAACGUCAAGUUACCACCUAAGGCCUCUAGUAAACAGACUAACAAAACUUCACGGAAAUCCAAACUAAAACCGCAAUGUGAAGAUACAGGGUGUGAUGAGACCAUUAAUGUCCAAGGCGAAACAUCAAGUAAAUAUUCUUGGACAGAUGACAGUGGGAAUAAAGAAAUCCAUGACAUCAGAACUUUUGCACCAGAAUUUGACUUGGAUUUCUUCAAGACUAGAGCUUCCGAGAUCAAGAUAAGACCGAGCAGUCACGGUGGAUGGGACAGUGUCAACUUUGUACAUUUUCUCUGUAAUAAACAACUUGGAGUGAGACAACCACAAAAACUUCAGAAGGCUGUUUCCAAACCCCUCGUUUCCAUGCUGUCAGAGCUCCAGUUCUAUCGAAUGGCCUCCCCCUUUGACAGAAGAGUGACUGCUUUGGAUUGGCAUCCCACAAACUCUAAUGUUGUUGUUGCUGGAUCCAAGGGUGGGGACAUUAUCCUGUGGAACAUAGAGUCAGCCAACGAGGAUAUGUUCAAGCAUGGUAUUGGCCCAGGGGGCUCAGUACAAGCCUUAAAGUUUUGGCCGAAGAAUGACAAAUAUUUAUUGACCGCUUCCAUUGAUGGCCAAGUUGCCCUGCAAGAUGUAGAGGGGAAGAAGAGUAGUAUUAUAUCUGACACCAUGGACUGUAUGGAUUACUGGUACUGCUCCGUGGAUGUCAGUGCGACCAGAGAUGUUGUGCUCACAGGAGAUAAUGUUGGAAAUACCCUUCUUCUCACCCCAAAGGGUAAGAAGAUUUGGUCCCACCGACUUCACAGGUCAAAGGUCACUCAUGUUGAAUGGAGUCCGCGAGAGGAUUGGCUCUUCUGUACUGCAUCAUGUGACCAAACAGUCAAAUUUUGGGAUGUUCGCAUGAUCAAAGGACGAGAAAGUUCACUUGUUGAUCUCAAACACACAAAGCCAGUUAAUUCUGCUUACUUCAGCUUAACAGAUGGAUGUCGCCUUCUGACAACAGAUCAGAAAAAUGAGAUCAGAGUUUACACUGCCCCAUCUUGGACACUAGAGACGUCUAUUGCGCACCCACACCGAUUUUUCCAACACAUAACACCCAUAAAGGCUCAUUGGCAUCCACUCCAGGACCUGGUUGUUGUUGGCCGGUACCCAGAUCCCAACUUCCAGGAGAAUGACUCCAGAACUAUUGAUAUCUUUGAUGCUCCCUCAGGUGGAUUGGUCUGUCAACUCCAGGAUCCUUCUGUGACAGGAUUGAUUUCUCUGAACAGAUUCAAUCCCCAAGGAGAUGUGUUAGCCUCAGCUAUGGGGUACAAUAUAAUUGCAUGGAGCCGAAAAGAGGAAGUGCUGAAGAAACAAGAAAUACUAUUGGCUGAGCUGAAGAAAAAGGCCUUAUCAGCUGACAGAGGAUUGGCUGUAGGAGGAGGGCGAAGAGGUCAAGGUUCAAGUAAAUCAAGGUCACAGACAAAACAAACAAAAACAAAAGCUACAGAAACAAAAAGUAAAUCUGAAACGAAAACAAAGUCAAAGACAAAGGAAACGAAAAGAUAGUGGUGCUUUUGUACAGAUUGUUGUUCCCCAUUUGAAUGAAUAGUGAAAAAAAAGGACAUUAUAUCAGGCAAGGUUUCUAAAGAAUGCUCAAAAAAUAUUGUCAAAUGGACACUUGUUUACUUCGCUUUUAUCAUGCCAUAAUGAGAUUGUAUAAGCUGUCUAAUACACGGAUGCUCAUGUGGGAUGUCAUAUAUAUAUGACAGGUAGUUAAAUUAUUUCUGGUGCCAUGAACUUGUAUUGGCUCUCGUCUACCAGGGGUUCACUCUUCAGUGCUAGUGACAGGUAGAAUAAAA